UCAACCUUGCGACAAAAAGGUAAAAUGCCGAUGCGCACACAAGUAGGGGACUUGAUGUGCACCGAGAAUGGGUAUUGUUCCACUUCCGUGGACCUGCGCCACUCCAUGCGUUGUCCAGCCUUUCAUCCUCGUGGUUAGUCUAGUAAGGCCCUUCCGUCACAUCGUACUAGCUUCUUGCCCUUGACCAUGAUGAGCAUGAUUAGUCGUCCUGAAACCGACCCAUCAUCCAGACUUUGUCGUUACUAUUCUGCGGGACGUUGCAACAAAGGUUCAGAUUGCAAGUUCUCUCACGGAAACGAGGGGUCUCUGGCACCCCCCUGCGAGAGUACUUCUACCAGUGCUAUUGAAGUAGUUAACUCCCUCGCAACUCACUCCAGGGACGAGCGCCGGAAACCUUGUCACUACUGGAAAGCAGGCAACUGUAAAAAGGGUUCAGACUGCAAGUUCUUGCGUGGAAGCAAGAGCUCUCUGCCGUCUGACCGUGGGGUUGCCUCUACUAGCGCUGCAGAAGUGGUUAGCACCCCCGGUACACCCUCACAGGAUGAUCGCCCAUCGCCCUGUCGCUACUGGAAAGCAGGAGGAUGUGAAAAGGGUUCUGAUUGCAAGUUCUCACACGUAAAUCACGAUUCUUCGGCAUUCCACAGUGAGAGUGCCUCUACCAGCGUUGGAGAGACAACGAGAAAUCGCGACGAUGCUAUUGCGCGCUGCAUCAAGGCACUCAACAGUGAAGGGUUGGAGUGCGAUGGUGUCCCAGGAGUACAAGCCCGAACGUGUCCUGACGGCUCUCGUACUCCGGGCGAUACGUUUCAGCAGCCUCAUUGGGGCCAUAGCGUUUGUCGUCUUUGGAAAGCGGGUACUUGUACUCGAGGGGAUAAUUGCUGGUACCUCCACGCCGAUGAUAUCCCCACCGAUUCGGAGGCAGCGCGAAAAGAGGCGACCGAAACGAUUGGCCGAGUGGUACAAGGCUCUAUCGUUACCUAUCGUGCAGGUCUUGACAUUGUGGGCCUUAUCUCCGGUUUCGAGUCAUGCACCCUGCGUGUGAAGAAUAUUCCUGCAGACGCGAAGGAAGAUGAAGUCUGCGCAUUGGUGACACAACAAGGAGUGGAUGCCAAUCGCUUCCACCUUGUCGGCAUCAAGAGUGGAGGCGGAGGAAAGGUUGAGGCCGAAAUCAUGACCGAUGAACGACUAGGACGGAUGUUGUCCACUGAAUUGAAUGGAACGAUAUUCAAAGACAACGAACUGGAAGUCGAAGUUUCAGCACCCAACACAUUAGAGGGAAUGACUGCGUCAUCGGUGCAGGAUCCCACUGUUUUGACUCUAUCAUGGCAUUCCCCUGCUGUGCGCUAUGCAGUAACGUACGUUGAUGCGGCUGCCGCUCAGGCUAAAGUUCGUGAAUUAAAUGGCCACACUUACAAUCAUCGUCGCAUCAAAGUUCAAAUGAACAACGAGCCUUCAGGCCCACUUGCAUCCCGUACCGUCAUCAUCAACAACCUUCCUCCAGAAACAGAUGAUACUGAUGUGGUGACAUUUUCUGGAUCAAGUGCCGUGAAACAGCUGAAAAGCACACCCGUACUUAGUGUUGAUCAAGUCGAAGGCCGUCUUCGUGGCCUUGCACCAUUCACUGUUCGUCGAGGUUUUCGAUCUAUCGACUCCUCAUCGAUACCUGACCCAAACGGGUUCCUUUCUAUCCGUGCUCGUUUCCACUCUCGAGACGAUGCCCUGAUUGCCCAUCAAUACCUCGAAGCCAUCAGAUAUGGCGAACAAGUUGGGAUGUGGCUAUGUGUCCCGUAUCCAAUGGAUUUUACUAUAUCGCUCGACCCAGAACAAUACAGCGCACAGAAACCGCAGUGGGAUGCUCUGAUUGGUGGCCUCGGAGACCCUAAAGCCUGUAUGUUGAACAUUCACGAGCACGGAGACGCUGUACGCAUACGCCUAAGCGGAUCUCAAAAUGAUGCUGUUGGUGCAUUGAAGGUCAAGGUCGAGAAUCUCGCUAGAGGUGAAACAGUGCAGGGUUGGCAUAGGACUUUGGCACACCCCAAAAACAAAUUUUCAAAGCAGGUUCUUGUCGAGACUGGAGCAUAUAUGCGAAUAGACUGCAAGACGCAGGCGUUGAAGGUGUAUGGCUCUGCAACGUCGACCGAACGUGCCCGAAAGAUGAUCAGCGAGGAACUCGACAGACUGUCCUCUGCCGACUUCACUACCACGGUUCCUAAGCCAGCAGUCCGGAGUUUAAUCAACGAAGGGGGCCUGGCUCAACUAAAGGAGACAUUUGGCGAGGACGCUGUCAAGUUCGACAUAACAUCCAAGAGGAUCACCAUGUCCGGUGGAGAAGUAGCGUGGCAUGCAUUGGACAGUAUCGUCCGCACCACAAUGAGAAAUAAUCAAAAGCACUCGACUGCAUCACAAACCGAGACAGCUUGUCCCAUUUGUCUUAACGAUGUCUCUGUCUCGUUCAAUCUGGGAUGUGGACACGCGUACUGUGUCACAUGUUUGCGUCACUUCCUGUUAUCCGCUCUUGAAGCCUCCGAAUUUCCCCUGCGAUGCCUUGGUAAUGAUGGUCGUUGCAGCAUCUCCAUCCCUAUUCCAACUAUCCAACAUGUCCUCCCACCAGCGUUGUUCAACCGCUUGCUCGAGGCUGCAUUCACUUUCUACCUUACCAAACAUCCAAACGAAUUCAAGUCCUGUAAAACCCCUGAUUGCACGCAGAUCUAUCGUUCUACCGGCUCUGAGGCUCGAGUGGCCCUUCGUUGCCCGUCCUGUUUCUCGGUCACUUGUUCGUCGUGCGGUGAAUCGCACGACGGGCUUCAGUGUACCGAAGUCAGGCGACGCCAAGCGGAAGAGGAGGAACGGCAGAAUUCGACCUGGGUUGCUGCGCAAGGCGGGCGCGUCAAGAGGUGUCCACAGUGCAGCGUACUGAUAGAGAAAUUGGAAGGAUGCAACCAUAUGACGUGCAAUUGCGGUGCUCACAUCUGCUGGAGAUGUAUGGGAAUCUUCACCAGGGAUACCAUAUAUACACACAUGCGAGAAGCGCAUCAAGGCAUCUAUGAUAAUGAACCUCAAUUAUUCCAGGGAAUAGAUAUCCUAGAACGGCAUCAGCUCAUGCAGCAAAUUCAGCAAGAGAGGGACAGGGAGGAACAGAGAAUGGGGGAAAUGCAGGCACAGCGCGCUCGGGAAAGGCAGGCAGCUGAGUUGGCCCAACGGCGUCGGCAAGAGAGGGGCAGGAUGGUGCAGAGGCUAAGGGAAGUGCACGCUCGGAAUUUGCGGGAAGCUGAAUUGGCCCAACAGCGUCAGCAAGAGAGGGACAGGGAGGAGCAGAGAAUGAGGGAAACACAGGCACAGCGGGCUUGGGACAGGCAGGAAGCUGAAUUAACCCAACAGCGUCAGCAAGAGGGGGACAGGGGGGAACAGAGAACGGGGGAAAUGCAGGCACAGCGAGCUCGGGAAAGGCAGGCAGCUGAGUUGGCCCAACGGCGUCAGCAAGAGAGGGGCAGGAUGGUGCAGAGGCUAAGGGAAGUGCACGCUCGGAAUUUGCGGGAAGCUGAAUUGGCCCAACAGCGUCAGCAAGAGAGAGACGGGGAGGAGCAGGGAAUUAGGGCAAGGCAGGAGGCACAGCGGGCUCAGGAAAGGGGGGAAGCCGAGCGGGCAAGAUUGGUUCAACAAAGAGAGGAACAAUUGAGGCAGGUGCAAGAGCAAGAGCAAGCGCGGUCGUGGGGCGGAGGCUGUUUGAUAAUGUAA